CUUAAUAUAAUUUCUGAGCAAAUGUAAUUUGAAGAAUACAAUAUGAUUAAAGAAACGAUUUGAUGUUUAAAAAGGUUAGAUUAAAACAACGAAAUGUGUUAUUUGCAGUAGAAUUAAUAGUUAACUGAAUUUUGCAAACCGAAAAAAAAAAUCAAAAUAUAACGUUGCAAUUAAGUUAAUUUUAUUCGGAAUAAAUUGAACACAAAAUGCUGUUUGCGGAAAAGGUUUAAAAAAUUAAGGAAAAAGUUAAAUUAAAUUUAUAUUUAUGCAAAUGUAUCAACAGAAAACGAGAAAAUUAUAAUUUUCAUAGAUUUGGCACUUUUGUACUGGAGUAUUCCAUGUAAAAAUCAUCUUUCAUCAGUUUGUAGAACAGUAAGAGGUAUGAGUAAAGCUAAUAUUAACCGCUAAAAAGCUUCGGUUGCCUGUUCUACUUUAAUGUAAAAGUAUGUCUACAACUAUGAAAAGGAUAAUGCAACAAUAGUGGACUCGAUUAAUGACCAAAUAAAGUUUUAACAGUAAAAAAUACGAAAUGAAAUACUGGCAUUCUUGAUAGUGUCGUAUCGUGUAAAAAAAUUGAAACUGAACUCUUUGAAAGAAAAAAAAAACCUUGAUGACCCAUAUUGCUCAAAGGAGUCACACAGGAGCUCAAAAGAAAUAGCAAUUAGUGUUCAAGAGCCGAAAAAAUUCAAAAGAAUGAACCAUUUGAAGGAAUUGCAUCUUUGAUGGAAUUACCAUUAAGUACUUGUUGGAAUAGUGUUGCUGUUGAUAAAUCCGACGGAAUCGUUAAACUUGCUGAUGACAACAAGAAAAAACUCUGCUUGGAUUGUAUAUCCAUAGAAAAAAGUGUUUGAGUGGCUCACACGUUAAAAAGAUUGCGUGAAAGGAAUGUGCUGCUAAAUGAUAUACCAGAAAUUAUUUCCUGGAAUCGUGUGAUUGUUGAUAAUUCCCUCAACCAGACGUACAUAGCUAGCAAAAGAAGAACCUUUGAUGGAAUCUCUUAGCUGGAGACAUUGUCCAUGCCAUUCGAAUAGAUCUCGAGAAUUGCUGACUAAUUUCAGCACCCACUUCAGCCUCCGAUGUCUGUAAGAGAUCUGUACGGCGGUGGUCCUCCAGUGUCCCGAUCGCCGAAGCCAACGCCGACCCGUCGUCUCGACAUGCCCGUCGGUGGCGGGUACGGGGGCAGCCCGUCUGUCACUGCCAAGAUGUACCCUUCCAUUUCGCAGCCCCCCUCUGCCCGGGCGAGCCCCGUGGCCGCCCCUUCCCCCCAGCCGGGGCGCAAGGGGCGCCACUUUGGAAUCAGUCGGUCCAGCAACAGCAGCCCCCUCACCUUGCAGGACCCCUCGCUGCACCACCUGCCCCACUCGUACAGCAGCGGGGGCUUCGGGGAUGGCUAUUACACCCUGGGCCCCGAAGGGGACCCCUCGGGCAUGGACCCCAGGGGCAUGAUGCACAGGAGCAGAUCGGCUGCCAGGACUCCCCUCCGCAGCACCUAUCACAUCCUGGACAGAGACCCGGCUAUGGAGAUCGGUGGUAUGGGAGGCAUUGGAGGAAUGGGAAGAGACAGCUACUAUCAGGAAAUCAGGAAUGGACUUCCAACCUCACGUCUGUCAUUGGAGCGAGUGGACAUCGCAGCAUCGCGUCACACGGCCAGGUCCAGGGACCGGUCCUUGGACACUUCCUCGUUUUUCGGACGGAACCGGGACGACGUGCCGAUGCCGGAUCCGUACCGCGGGACGCCCGGGAGGGAGACCAUAGUGGACGGAUUGCCGGACACUUAUAGUCGCCUCUCGCACCUCAGCCGGCCCGCUAACCCCAUGGACAACAGGUUGAACUACAGCGGCAACAGGGACAACUUCGCUUCCGAGCUGCAAGCGCGCUUCAACGAGUUGCAGUCACAGUACGGAAACGUGAAGCGGGAGCUUGACGUCACUGCCACCAAACUCGGCUCCAGCAUGCACAGUAUCAAGACUUUCUGGAGCCCGGAGCUGAAGAAAGAGCGGGCAAUGAGGAAGGAGGACGCAGCUAAGCAAGCCCUCCUCAACGACCAGUUGAAGAUGCUCAGGUCUGAAAAUCAGAAGCAAGCAGCCUUAAUUCAGCAAUUAGAGGAGGAAUUGAGGAUGGCCCAUCUGAGGAACCCUGAAGCAGACAUACAGCACUUGGAAGCUUUGUACGCAGAGAAAGAGCAUAUGACAAAGGAAAUUUAUCUUCUCAGAGAAACUAUAAAAGAACUGGAAAUGAGAAUCGAUACUCAGAAGCAGACGCUGGCCGCGAGAGAAGAAAGUAUCAAGAAACUGAUGGAAAUGCUGCAAAGUAAAGGCGGAGUGGGGAGUAAAAUGAUAGAAGAGGAGCGCAAAGAAAUAGAACGUCUGAAAUCGAAACUCAUUGAGAGCGAGACAAGGGCGAAACAUCUUGAAAACAUUCUGGAAGCAAAAGAUAAAGAUCUUGGAAGGCUGAGAGAAGUGGACGAGCUUCGCAUAGAAUUGAACAAAAGGGACCAGGAAAUGUUAGCCAUGAAUGCUAAAAUGAAAACGCUGGAGGAACAGCACCAAGACUACCAGCGCCAUAUUGCUGUUUUGAAGGAAUCCCUGUGUGCGAAAGAAGAACACUACAGCAUGCUACAAGCUGAUGUGGAGGAACUUCGGCAAAGAUUAGAAGAAAAAAAUAAACUAAUCGAGAAGAAAACGCAGCAAACGGUGGGCGCAACGCAAGAAAGGAAUAGACUUUCUCAAGAAAUGCAGGAACUCAGGGACCACAUGGACAUUAAAGACAGAAAGAUUAAUGUGCUUCAAAGAAAGAUCGAAAACCUGGAAGAUCUCCUGAAGGAGAAGGACAACCAGGUGGACAUGGCACGGGCCAGGUUGACGGCCAUGCAGGCUCACCACUCCUCUUCGGAGGGAGCGCUCUCCAGCUUGGAGGAGGCCAUCACGGACAAAGACAAGCAGAUACAGCAGCUGAGGGAGCAGCGGGAUCGGGCGGAGCAGGAACGGAAUGAGGAGAGGGAGCUGCACGAGCGGGAGAUUGCAGAGUUCAAGAUGAAAAUGCACGCCUUGGAAAGCGAGAUGGAGAAGCUGCAGGUGCGGCUAGAGAAGGCGGCGGCUGAAAAGGACAGGGUGGAGGCCAAGCUUGAGAACUCGCAAUCGGAACUGGGGCAGGCGAGAGCGGAAUUGGAGAAGAUCAUGAGAGAACAAAACACUUACCAGAGCGAGUGGGAUCGCCAAAGGAACGAGACUUCGUGGCACACCAUGGAGAACGACAGACUGAGGGAACAGCUGGAAAGGUUGAAGCUUGAGCUUGAAAAACAGCAGAGUACCAUUGGAAAGUCGCAUCUGUACCAGUCGGAGGAGGUGGGGAGGACACAGGAGCGUCUAGAAAAGUGCCAGUCAGAACUGCGAAGAGCUCAAGCUGAACUAAGAAUGAACCAAGCAGAGCAAGAGAGAUCCAGAGGUGAGGUGGAACAGAUUCAGGAAAAGCUGGAACGAUCUCAAGGGGAAAUCUACCGACUAAAAGCAAAGCUGGAGAACGCUCAAGUCGAAAAGGAGAGUCUUCAGGAAGAAUACGACAGAGUUCAAGCAGCCGUUUCCCGUUGCCACUCCGAGAGAGAUUCUGCACUGACCGAAGCUGAGAAGUUGAGGACUGAACUGGAGAGAGUCCAAACUAAUCUGAGCAAAGCUCAGCUGCAGCAUGAGAAGACACAAGCUCUCUUGGAUAAGGCGCAAAUGGACGCUGACCGCAUUCAAGAAAAGUUGGACAAGUCCAAUGCCGAAGUGAGACGCCUGCAAUCGGAGAGAGAACGCGCCCAAUGCGAGAUUGAGGGUCUCCAGAUGCAGCUGAAUCAGGUUCAGAACCAGUACCAGAGACUCCAAAAGGACAAGGAAACGUCCCACAUCGAGAUGGAGAAGUCGAGGGAAAAGGCAGAUCGUGCGCAGAGUCAGCUGCAGCGCCUUCAAAAAGAAAAAGAAGUCUUCCACUCUGAGCUAGAGAAAUUGCAAGAGAAAAUUGACGUCCUCCAAACGCAGCUGAACAAAGCACAAAAAGAGAAGGAAAAUGCUCAAGCAGAAUUUGAGGUCAUCAGGGAGAGACUGGAGAAAACGCAGAACCACCUAGAAAAAUACCACGUCGACUACGACACUUCCCAAGCCGAGCUUCGGGUUCUCAGGGAAAAGCAGGAAAAAAUGCAACUUCAGCUUCAGAAAUCCUCCGAAGACAGGGAACUAUCAAGAGCAGAGUACGAAAAGCUGGUAGAAAAGUUGGAAAGAACUCAGAGUGAGCAUUAUAAAAUGCAAACUAAGUAUGAGCAAGUGCAAGCAGAAUUGGAUCGAGUUACCCUGGAGGUAGAAAAAUCACACAUAAUAGCGAAUAAAACAAAAGAUGAUGCCAGGAAAUCUUUGGAGGAGUUCGACACCCUGAAAGAAAUGUAUGCUAGAAACUACUCUCAAUUAACAAAAGCAAAAGAAAAUGAAGAAAAGAUGAGAGUGGAAUUGGAUCGUAGUCAAAUGGAGUUGGAAGUAAUGAGGGACAGGCAUGAGAAGGCUCAGAUAGAACUAAGAAGAUUGCAAUCAGAGAGAGAUAAACUUCAGGCUGAUGUAGAUCACAUAUCUAUUGAAAUGGAAAGAGUUCAAAAUCAAGUUGGCAAAUCGCAAACUAGUCACGAAAAAUCACAAGAAGAGCUUGCUAGGCUGCAAGUAGAAGUGGAAAAAGUGUACGAGAAACUGGAUAAAUCUCAAACAGAAUUGAGACGCGCUCAAACUGAGAAAGAUAGAAUUCAAUCGGAGAAAGAGAAUGUGCAAGCAGAAUUGGAGCGAUAUCAAUCUCAAAUGUCCAGAUACCAUACGACCCAAGAAAAAUCUCAAGGUGAAUUCGAAAGAAUACGAAUUGAUUUAGAAAAAGUUAAAGACAAAUACGAGAAAGCUAUGGUAGAGCUAGAGAAAGCUAAUGAGCAGAAAGAAGCCGUCGCAGUUGAAAUGCAAAAGUUAAAAUCUGAUAUCGAAAAAAUUCGACUGGAAAAAGGUGUUACUUUGCAAGAACGUGAGAAGCACAAUGCAGAGAUUGAGAGGUUGCACAUUGAAGUUGAAAAAGCCAAAGAUAAAUAUGAAACAGCAAUGACUGAGCUUAAGAAAAUACAAGAGCUGAAAUUGAAGCAGACUGAUAUAGAAACGUUGAGAAGGGAAGCUGAGAUGGCACAAGCUAGAGUUGAGAAAGUUAUUGUGGCUGAGGAUAAAUCUAAACAAGAAAUUGACAGAGACGCCAAAGACAUCGAAAGAAUGCGUGACAGGUUGGAGCGAGUUCAAGUCGAGUUACUGAAGACUCGAGACGACAAGGAAGCCCUUGAAAAAGAAGUUAGCACCCUAAAGUUGACAUUGGAUGAAGUUCGUGGUAAAAUGGAAGAACAUGUGUUCAGUCAAAAGGAAAUUGAAUUUCACCAAAACGAAACAGCUCGUCUGAAGCAGCUGUUGAGCAAAUCGGAAGCAGAAGUGCAACGAACAUUGUCUGAAAACAGCCGCUUGCAGAUGGAAGUGGAGCGUUUGAAGCAGGACAUGGAAGAUUCGGAGGGUUACGCGAAGAAGAUGAGAGACUGUCAAGAGAAAUUGCAAGCGGAACACGACAGAAUGAGAACUGACGUAAAGAAGAUGCAGGAGAAGCUGGAAUUAGCUCAAAAAGAGCUUCGCAAGAUAUCAGAAGAAAAAGAUGCCCUGUUGAGGCAACUCAAGGAAUACGAGGCCGAGAUCGAACGCACAAAAUCAACCGUUGGACAAUCGGUCGAAUUCCAAGAAGCAACCCGGUCAGAGGCCGAGAAAUACCGAAAGGAAGUCAACCGAUUGCAAAAUGAGUUACAGCGUAUCGAAGGACAAUUGCAGGAAACUGUGAAUGAGAACCAGGACCUACGAACUGAGCUAGAACGGUCCCUGGAUGCUCUUGCCACCAUACACAAACAGCUAGAAGACACAAAUGCGGACUUGGCCAAAGCCAGGGAGCAGAAUAAACAACUGAAAACAGAACAGUUAAAAUCCCAGAAGCUAUCUGGUAAAGCGACAGCAAACGAGAGAGAAAUCGAGGCUCUUCGAAACGAUUUGGAGAAGCAGAAGAAUGAAACACAGCGAUUGCAGCAAGAAAACCAACAAUUGAAAAAGCAACUGGAGAAGGCUCAAGAGGAAAUCAAGAUCAAAGCACAAAAAGAGAAGGAAAAUGCUCAAGCAGAGUUCGGGGUGGAAAGAGAGCGAUUCCAAGCUCAACUAGAGAUGCUGGUGCAAGAAUUAGAGAAAAGAGAGUCCGAACUUCAUGCUCUUCAAGGACAGAAAGGAAAGAUGGAAGCUCAACAAGAUGCGGAACUUUCUGCCUUGCGUAAGCAGCUUGAUGAAAAGCAGAGAGCGCAAGAAGAAACAGAGAAAAAGCUUAAAAAAAGGAAAGAGAAAUUAGAUCAAAUGGAACAGCAACUUAAGCAGGCGGAAUCUAUGAAAGGUCGCGCCCCGGCGGGACAGGUGGCCGAACUGCAGAGAAAGAACGAGGAGCUGCAGAAAGAGUUGAACGUUUUGAAGGAGGAAUCCAACAGGUCGCAGUCGGAAUUAGCAAGAUUGCUCCAAAUCAUGUCCACCUCGGAAGAGGAAAAAUUUGCCUUGAACCAACAGAUCAGUAACUUGCAGCAACAACUGAAGGACGCUCAAGUGAGCAACGUACGAAGAGGACCACAAGGAGGUGGUGGAUCUCAAACAUUGCCAAUGCCGAUUCGAAGGCCAGAACCGGACAACAAAGAUCCAUCAAAACAACCUCAAGGAACGGGACCGACCAGUUUCUUCUCAAGCUUCUUCUGAUGCGUGUUGAGUUGCUCUUUGCACAAUGGACCAUACUUAGUUCCAGCAGACAUUAUUUUUC